UUGCGGGGUUGUUUAGUGGUGUUUCGGUGGAAGUGCAGCGUCAGUCAACAGUGGUGGAAAAAUUGGAUUGUAAUAACACUCCGCCUUUAGCCCAAUGGAAGCGGCUGUCAACCUGCAUCACGACAGCUCUCUGGUCGGGUUGUCCAGUGGCGGGAUGGAGCAACACAGUAGUUCGGGCAAACGCAUUCGCAAGCCCUCCCUGCUGUACGAGGACUUUGAGAGCCCGUCUCUGCAGCACACUAUGCCCCAGGGUCCUCCUGUCCCACCACAGCCCCCAGUGAAGGAUCUCAGCCGGCCAAGCCGCAUGACCAACCAGCUGCAGUUUCUCCAGAGGACACUGAUGAAGUCCCUGUGGAGGCAUCAAUUUGCCUGGCCUUUCCACGAGCCUGUUGAUGCCUACAGGCUUAACCUACCGGAUUACCAUAAAAUUAUCAAACAACCCAUGGACAUGGGGACCAUCAAAAAGCGUCUGGAGAACAACUUCUAUCGCAGUGCAAGUGAGUGCAUACAGGACUUCAACACAAUGUUCACCAACUGCUACAUCUACAACAAGCCGACAGACGACAUUGUGCUGAUGGCACAGCCCUUGGAGAAGAUCUUCCUCCAAAAGGUGGCCCAGAUGCCCGAGGAAGAAGUUGAGCUGCCUCCUCCAGCUCCUCGAAGCAAGAACAGCAGGGGAAGAGGUCGCAAAUCAAACUCGAGGGCUCAGCAGGUGCCGGCAGUGUCCCAGUCGGCCUACUCCCCUUCUUCCUCGGACACUGGGGACUCCAUGCUGGCCAACUCUCCCCAGACUGUGCUGACCAAAAGCCUCCCUCCUGCCAACAUCAUGAGCCUGCCUCUUACGCAGCCCACAACCAAGAAAAAAGGUGUGAAACGUAAGGCAGACACCACCACCCCCUCCACCAUGGGCUUGACUGUGGGCAUGUCGGGAGCAACGCACAUGGUGGGCUUGGGGAAAGGAGGCCACGGGGGCCAGGUCCACGACACCUCAAUGCACACCAUCUCCAUGGGAGGCAUGAGCUUGGAGACCCCCCCCGGAAUGGGUCUGGUCAGGAGCGCUGGAGGUCCCGUCCUGCUCCAGCCAAUGAUGGCAGGCAGUGGACGCAGAGUGGGCAGCGGACGCCCCAUUAAACCCCCAAAGAAGGAUUUGCCUGAUUCCGUCCAGGCUCAGCCCUCGAAGAAGGGCAAGCUAAGCCCUCAGCUGAGGUACUGCAGUGGGCUGCUGAAGGACAUGUUGUCAAAGAAACACGCUGCAUACGCCUGGCCUUUCUACACCCCUGUGGACGCAGCUGCACUGGGACUUCAUGACUAUCAUGAUAUCAUUAAGUGUCCCAUGGACCUCAACUCCAUCAAGAGGAAGAUGGACUGCCGUGAGUACAGGGAGGCUCAACAGUUUGCUAGCGAUGUCAGACUCAUGUUCUCAAACUGCUACAAGUACAACCCCCCUGACCACGAUGUUGUGGGCAUGGCACGGAAGCUGCAGGAUGUUUUUGAGUUCCGAUUUGCCAAGAUGCCAGACCAACCCCACAUGGAUCACUCAGCCAUGUCAAUGAGUGGCCAUCCAUCAUCCUCGUCGUCCUCUUCUUCCUCCUCCUCGUCCUCAUCUUCCUCCAACUCCGAGAGCGAGCCCAGCAGUGAGAGCGAAGAGAGCGAGAGCAGCCGCAACUCCGACAGCGAAGAAGAGCGAGCACAUCGCUUGGCUGAGUUGCAGGACCAGGUGUGCACACAGCUCAAAGCCAUGCACGAGCAGCUGGCUGCCCUCUCCCAAGGUCCCAUUGUCAAGGCCAAGAAGAAGAAAGAGAAGAAGGACAAAAAGGAGAAGAAGAAAAAGAAGAAGCUGGAGAAGCGAAGUCGAGCUGUUAGAAGCAGAGCUGACUCCGAAGAAUGGAAACUGCCCGGCAAGAUCCUGAAAACCAAAUCUGCCAGAGCAGGUGUCUCGCAGCCCAAGAAGAGCCAGGGGAAGAAGAGUAACAAGAAUAGCAAGUCCACAAAGAAGCCCUUCUACCCCCCACCGCCCACGUCCAUGCUUCCGCACUACGACUCCGAGGAAGAGGAGGAGUUUGUGCCCAUGUCAUACGACGAGAAGCGCCAGCUGAGCCUCGACAUCAACAAGCUUCCGGGGGAGAAGCUGGGUCGCGUGGUCCACAUCAUUCAGUCCAGGGAGCCUUCACUGAGGGACACCAACCCCGAGGAGAUUGAGAUCGACUUUGAAACACUCAAGCCGUCGACACUGAAAGAGCUGGAGCGCUACGUCAUGACCUGUCUGAGGAAGAAACCCCGCAAGCCUUACGGUGAACAAGGUGCAGCGGGAAAGAAAGGCGGUGUUGGCAAGUCUAAAGAGGAGCUGACUCUGGAGAAGAGGAGGGAGCUGGAGAAGAGGCUGCAAGAUGUCAGUGGGCAACUCAAUUCUGUCAAGAAGCCCACGAAACCUAAAGCGGAGAAGCCCAGCGCUGUCGAGACCAACGCUCAGCCCUCGCGCCUCAGCGGCAGCAGCUCCAGCUCCGACUCAUCUUCCUCCUCCUCCUCCUCGUCCUCAGACACCAGUGACUCAGACUCUGGUUGAGAUCCUUAGCACUGGCUAACAGAAAACACUAAUAACUCAGGGACUUGGGCUGGCCCAGGACGCAACACACCCUGAAACAGUAGUGGGCCGAGAUAUUAGACACCAUGGCGAAAGACACUCCGAGUGGUUUUGAAUGUGGGACUGAGGGAUGAGGAACGACGUCUCUGUGGAUGAUCGUAGAGCCCAGACACUAAAUGCCUUGGUUUCCCCCUUUGUAAAUACUUGUACAAAUUUAUGUUUCUUUUAUAAAGAAGAAUUUUAUGGUGAUCCCCCAGAGGGAAGAGGAGUAAUAAAAAAAGAAAAUAAACAACAAUAAAAAAAAAUAAAAAAGGAUGUGAAAAGACGGGCCUUACUCCAAAUCUGCUUUGGCUGGCCUCGCGCAGUGUCCUCUGUGGUGAGGGAAUGGAAGAGUGUUUAUUUAUUUGUUUUCUUCACCGACAUUUCCUCAGACGUUACUGGAAUUUGAACCAGCAACCUUUUUGGUCUCAAGCCUUGCUUUUCUAACAUCUGGCCUUCUGCCACACUUAAUUUUUAGAUCGACCCUCCCCCCCCCUCCCCCCCCAAACUCAGCCUUAAUCAUCCAGAUUGUUAAUAACACUUAAAUUAUUUGGGAAAAUAAUAUAUUAUUAAGGAGCUCUAAGAUUCCUUCUCAUGUUCACAGGAGCUAACCUGUGGUAUCUGCCAUCUUCAGGUGAAAAAUUAGAAUUUGGUUCUGAAUCAUUCCUCUUUAAUGUUUACGCAAGCACGCACACACACACACACACGUUUCUUGCAGAUAAAUCUCAUGUUGACAUUGAGGUUUAUGCUGCACUCUGUUUUUACAGCACGUGGUUCAUGUUUUUUUGAAAACAAAGUGAGUUUAUAGGACAGUACAGAAAUGGCAUAACGUACUGUAAUUACAAAGUUUGCAAUUACGUAACAUACUCUUAUUCAGUUUGUAUUGAUUCGAUGGCUGCACUAUUCUGCUGAAAGUCCACCAGCCACUUUUAAGACUGACGACUGGUCUUAUGACACGCGUUGAUUCUGUCUUCAGUAUUUUGAAAUCCAGCUCUUUUACUGAUCUUGUUCUCGACAUUGCUCUUCAUUAUAUCAAACCGUAAUUGAAGUGUGCAUAUAUUUCCUUAAGAGCUGAACACAGGCUUCUGAAUGUUAUCAGGUUUUAGUGCAGGUUUCUGAUUUCCACAUUAAUCUCCUGAACACGUGACGUGUUGCAUUCCUGUUUUCUUGAAGACAUCCGUAGCACUUUAGAAACUCGGUGACGGUUUCUAAAAGAAAUCUUUCCGCUGCUCGACACUUACUGAAACAAAUGGUUUCCCUUAAAGAGACAAAGUCCUCAUAGCCCCAUGCAUAGUUGAAGCUGUUGUUGAAUGUUCAGUGAAAGAAUAUAUGCUUGUAUAUACUUAAACUGUAUUUGCUGUUGCACAAACUAUUGUAUUUCUGCUGUUCAGUCUUUCUUUCCUUUUAUCUUGUUUCCUUUUUUUACAUGCUGUUAUUUCUCAUUCCAGUUAACUGUCUUAGUUGUUUACUGAAGAGAGUUCACAUGAGCAUCGCUGCCUCUGGUCAAGCAGGUUGUUGCCUCUCAGAAGCAUACCUUUCAUUUGACAAAGUGUGUUUAUUAAAAUAUUCUCUUCUGUAGAAAGAA